UUUCCUUGACCCGAAAUAGGACCUGCGAUCGCACCGCUCUUGGAAAUAGUCAUAGUGUCCUCGCGGACAUUGACCUUUUCAGAGCCCUAGAAAAGUGCGUUCGGCUCGCUUCCACGCGCCUCCGAGCGUGUUAGCGAGAUAUCAAAUUGCUAGUUACGUCAUUCCAUACCUCCUCGUCAGGAAGCCCUAUCCUUCGGCUCCCGUUAAUCUCUAUUUCCCAUAUCUCCAUUUUCCAAGAGGUUUUGACGUAACAAUACGCUGAAAAUUUUUUAAAACUCUUGACCGAAGACUAUACGUCAAGCGUUGCUCGGACAGCUUUAGAAACUCAAGCCCGUAAAAAAAGACAAUCAACUGUAGUUCUUCCAUCGAAAAAUGAUAUUCAGAAACUUCAAGUGUAGGUAUCUCCGUGACAAAUUGAGGAAAAAUUAUAAAGCUUUGAAUGAACAAUUUUCGAAGAAAGCUUGGCAUGAUUUAGCUGCAAGUGCUCUUAUUUCUAUUCAGUUGUUCAACCGACGUCGGGCAGGCGAAAUUGAAAGAAUCUUAAUUAAAGAUUUUAAAAAUCACCAAAAAAUUGAUGAAAACACGGUUGGCGAGGCUUAUUUAAAAUUUUCAAUCGAAGAAAAACGGGCUGCUCAAAAAUAUGUACGAUUCACAAUUCGAGGAAAAUUAAACCGUACAAUACCGGUAUUAUUGCACAGGGAACUUUUAGUGUGCUUAGAACUUCUUUUAAAGAACAGGCAUUUGGUAAACAUAAAUAAAAACAACCCGUAUUUGUUCGGUAUCCCGGGUUCGUUCAAGGGAGACUAUAGGUACCUCAGAGCCUGUGAACUAAUGCGCAAAUUUUCAGAGGAAUGCGGUGCUGAAAAACCGGGUACUCUAAGAGGAACUAUAUUGCGAAAACACAUAGCUACGAUGUGUGUAAACUUUAAUCUUUCCGAGAAUGAAGUGUCUGAUCUCGCUAGCUUUUUAGGCCAUGCCGACCGUAUACAUAAAGAGCAUUAUAGGCAGCCUAUAAUAACGAGAGAAAUAUUGCAAAUAUCGAAAUUGUUAGAAGCUGUACAAGGAAAGCAGAACGAUUCUGAAGAUGACUCGGACGAUGGUAGUGAGAUAAUGCCUAAUAUGAACAAACCUGAUAGUACUACCUCAGAUGUACCCAAUGAAAGCGUUUUUAUUGAUAAUCAUGAGGGAAAUUCUGCAACAUCACCUGCUUCCCAGCAUUCGAAUUAUAGUAACUCAUCUGAAUCCGAAGAGGAUUUUUCUGAGAUUCUUACAGAACCCACAAAGAAAAAACAACAAAAAAAACGAUCAAGUAAGUA